AGACACGGCGACACCUAUUUCAAAUUUUCUUAUGCUUUUCUAGUCAAAAUAUAUUUCUGCAUCUUUCGCUCCUGGAUUUUAGGUUUCGAUGGAAGCAUAGCGAGAGGGCUGACUCGGUACGCAAGCACGUCUGUCUGUCUGCGUUCUUUUGGGUCAAGUGUCUGUCUUCGAUAUUCUUAACAAAAACAGAGUUGAGAGCUGAGCUUCUGAGCCUCCCUUCCAAGCAAAACCAAAGGUGGGUUUUGAAUUGUUGUCGAUUUUUCGCGGUUUGGUGCAUCGAAUUUAGCUGAAUCAGAGAUGGGUUUCUGUUGAUUUUGCGAAUUCUGUGGGUUUUUUGAGUGUUCUGAGGGGUUUGGUGUUGGAAUCUUUGGCUUUGUCGGCAUGCCUUCUACGAACAAUUUGGGUUCUUCUUCGCCAUUGACUUCGUUUGGUCGCUCGAUUUGGAGCCGGCGAGAGCCAUUUCAAUCAACAGAAGCUAAUCAGGAGUCCAGUGAGCAGGAAUUAGAGGUUCAAUCUUUUCAAAAGCUUGUGACAGACCUGUUUCAUGACUUGUCAGCUGUUGGUGCUGAUGAAUUGCUCUCCAUUGCGUGGAUUCGGAAACUUUUGGAUGUUUUCGUUAGCUGCCAAGACGAAUUCAGGGUUUUAUUGUUGAAAAACAAGGCGCAGUUUUCUAAACCGCCGUUGGAGCAUUGGGCGGAUGAAUACUUAGAUAGGAGCUUGAAGGCACUUGACAUUUGCAAUGCUGCUCGUGAUGGGAUUGACAAGAUUCGUGUGUGGCAUAAGCAUUUAGAGAUUGUUCUGUGUGCCUUGGAGUCUCGCCAGAGGGCAUUCAGUGAGGGCCAGUUCCGUCGAGCAAGAAAGUCUUUGGUGGAUUUGGCAAUUGAAAUGCUUGAUGAGAGAGACUCUGGGUCUGUUUUUUCUCACCGCAACUGGUCUUUUGGGCUUAACAAUAACGCAAGAAAGGAUGCUCGCCGUCGCCAACACUCAUCUGGGAGUUCAACUGGGCAUUCCCGCUCUAACUCGUGGAGUGUAUCACACUCUUGGUCUGCAGCUAAGCAGCUUCAGUCAAUUGCAAGCAACUUGGUAGCACCUCGUGGAAACGAGGUUAUUGCAACAAAUGGGCUUGCAGGCUUUGUUUUCACAAUGAGUUCUGUGCUCACAUUUGUUUUGUCGUCUCUUGUGGCUGCGAUCCCAUGUCAGGAUCGAGGCAUUAGCACUCAUUUUUCAAUCCCACCGCAGUACUCCUGGGGCAUCCCAUUAUCCUCACUUCACGAACGGAUAAUAGAGGAAUCUAAGAAGCGAGAGCGCCAGAACUCAAAUGGGUUGCUGAGGGAGAUUUGUCAUGUCGAGAGAUGUACACGCCACAUGACAGACUUGAUGGAUCUGGUUCAGUUUCCAUUAACGGAGGAACAGAAAGUGGAAGUCGAGCAAGAACUGCAGGAGUUAGCAUCGAUUUGCGAAAACCUUAAGAAUGGACUGGAUCCUCUGGAACGCCAAAUUAGGGAAGUAUUCCGUAGGAUUAUGAAUUGCAGAACGGAGGGUCUCGAACUUUUGAGCAGCGCAAACAAUCUGGAGUAACUUAAAAGAGGUAAGUUUCGACUGAGCAUGAAAUGUACAAAUCCGCGAAUACAUUCGUUGUUUUGCAUAUUUCCAAGUUGCAAGGAGAUAAGUAAAGUGGUCAGCAACAAUACAAAGGUUAAACAAGCGUCGUGAACAAAUCUCUUCGUGUAAGAAUCUCUUCGGUUUCUCGAGCAACUAGCAUUUUUUGUUUCUGGGACGUAGGAAAAUGAGGUCUGUAUGUCACAGUUUGGUUGGUAUAUGUUAUGUUCGAAUUAGCAACAUUCUUACAGUUUGUUUGUAACUCUGGUUCUUUUGAUACAUAUCACUCAAGUACUAUUUAGUUA